AUGACCGUCAGCAAAAACCGCACCAUCGCCAUUGUGGGCGUCGGCUCGUCCAUGUCCCGAUCUCUGGCACUAUGGCUCGCAAGUUUGGGGUGGAACAUUGCGCUCAUUUCUCGUUCCGAGAAAAACCUCUCCACUAUUGCAGACGAGGUCAAAAAUGCCCAAACAAACAAAGAAUCCAAAGUCAUCUAUCGCGCCGCCGACGCUGGCGACCCAACCAGUCUGAAGGCUGCCCUCGACUGGUGUGCUGAUCAAUUCCAAUCCAAGUUGGACGUCUUGAACUACAAUGCCGCCCAUGUCAGCGAAUCCGAUAUCACCAAUCUAACCCCGGAGGAAUUGGAGGCCGAUUUUCGAGUCGCGGCAGUCGGCACGCUAGUUGCAGGGCAGUGGUUCACGAAGAAUGCCCGACUCGACAAUAUUCAAAAGGGAGAAAGGCCACUUCUGUUAGUCACCGGUGGUGCACUCGAUAAGGAUCCACAGCCAAUCUUUUCCUCUCUUUCUACUGUGAAAGCUGCCUCUCAAACUGUGAGCCGGCUUUUCGCUAAGACCCUGCCGGAAAAAUUCAACAUCAUGGUUGGAAUGCCUCUGGUCUCUGGAAGGAUCAUGGAUCCAUUGACUGGAGAAUAUAUCGACGGAUUCCACCCCACAGAUAUCAUUCAGACGGUGUUUAAACCAUUCUUCGAGGAUAGGGAAAAGGUAUUCGAUGGAACGGAAUCAUGGACAGUGGAACGACUCCUUUAA